AUGAUCGAGCCAUUUCAAACUACCUUCGCAGUCCCUAUGACUUGCGAUGGCUGCGUGCAGGAUAUUUCAGGGUCUAUUAAGAAACUCUCGGGCAUCACCAAAGUCGAGGCCAGGCUUCAGGAGCAACUAGUUGUAGUCGAGGGCACAGCAGCACCUAGUUCUAUUGUUUCCGCCAUUCAAAGUGCUGCCGUCUGCAUCCUAGAAACGCAUAAUACCACCGUCCCCGAGAAAAUCCGCGGAUUAGCACGCAUGAUUCAAGUCUCCAACAGUCAGACUCUAGUCGACCUCACAAUAAACGGCCUUUCGCCUGGAAAGUAUUGGGCCACAGUCAGAGAAACAGGCGAUAUUUCGCAGGGCGCAGGAUCAACCGGUGGGAUAUGGGAGGCUCUGAAGAAUAAAGUAUUUGCCGGUGGCGAGAAACAGCAGCAGCAACCACGCGGAGUCUUUGGGUUAGUUGAGGUUAAUGAGGCGGGCAAGGGAAAUGUCUUUAUAGAUCAACCCGUUGCCAUUUGGGAACUGAUUGGACGGAGUAUGGUUGUGUCUAAGAGCAAGGAAGGCCCGUAUCGUACGGAGGAUGCUGACACGCUUGUUGGGGUCAUUGCGCGCAGUGCGGGAGUUUGGGAUAAUGACAAGAUGGUUUGCUCUUGCUCGGGCAAGAAUGUAUGGGAAGAGCGUAAGGAGCAGGUUACCAAGGGCAUGCUCUAG